AUGAUUAAAGCUAAUAAGAAAGUCAGAAUUAUCAAUAAAUACAGGACCCACUAUGGUACCUCCCUCCAGAAAAUAGUGAAGAAAAUUUUAAUUUACCAGCAUGCCAAGGAGACUUGCUCCUUCUGUGGCAAAAUCAAGAUAAAGAGACAAACUGUGGGAACCUGGCACUGUGGUUCCUGCAUGGAAAUGGUAGCUGGUGGUGCCCGGACCUAUAACACCACUUCUACUGUCAUGGUAAAGUUGCCAUCAGAAUACUGA